CUGGUUGGUAAGGGUGAUCGCUCUGGAAAGAAGGGCUCAAACUUCCCCGCGGCAAAUGCUCCGGAUUGCCAUUUUCAUCGCAUCUCUGCAUGUACAAAUUUCUGGCAAUCUUGCCGACUUAUAGCCCUGUUUGCAACAUCGACGAUUCUCAAUGUGGUACCGGCGAUCUCGAUAGUGUCGUUCAUAGCAUGCAUCACCCUUUGCGCAUUGGUCAUAUUCGCUCUCGUCAGACGACGGCUUCCAUCCAGAAAAUACAGUGUUGUGCUGAGUCGCACUGUAGCUGAUGUCUUCUCGUGUGCGUUGCUCUGUGCCGCUUCGUUCAUGGCCAAUAAAUAUUCGGCAUCUUACACGAUCCUUGCGCUCUUCUUGUGUGUCGCAACCUUUGGAUUCAUCCACCUCACUCUCUCGCAUAUGUUCGUCAUUUCUCUCCGACAGAUAAGCGUGGCUCGUCCAUAUGGCUUUCCUUCGAUCUGCACAUUUCGUCGUGUGAGCACUGGAGUAGCUUUGAUAUGGCUCGUUUCAAUUCUCUAUGCAGCCGCUUUCGCUCCUCUUACAGCUGUUAUAAUAGAUCCAGAAAAAAGCAAAGACAUCUGCACCUAUGGAAACUGUGAGAAACCGCUGCUGAUUGUGGCCAUCGGCGUCAUCGCUGCUUCUGUCAUUACUGUUCUCAUCUGUUAUGUCGUUGUUCUUUUCAAUAUGAGAGCUAUAGCCUAUCGUGAAAAAAUGCACAACGAACCUGAGGUAACCAAAAAGAAAAUGUAUCGGUUCUUCUACUUUGGAGGGCAUCUUGGGCUAUACGUCAUCGUGUCAACAUUGGUCAUCACUGGGGCCGCAAUCAUACUUCAUAAUGUCUACCUGUACCACAAAAUUAGGAGCUCGAUGAGGAAAGAUUGUGACAUCGUUGGGUACAUCGAUACACUAAUCCGUCUGGAAACACUUGCUGGUGGCGUCGUUCUCCUGUGGUUGGUCAGGGUUGUCUUCGAUGUUGUGAUCGUACUCCUAGCAGAUUAUCGUCGACUGCUUCCAUGGCUAGCCUCCAACGAUCCUCAACCACUUAGGGAUAAUCAGGUCACAAGUCCUCUCCAGUGGCAAAAGAACUGCUUCAACUGUCCAGUAUUCAAACUCGACGGCAAUCUCCAUCCAUGGGAUUUCAAGAAUUGA